UCAUUGUCUAUUUCCGCCAUAGAUAUGUAUAAUACUAUAUUCAUGUGACAGUAUAAAAUGACGUAUUAGAAAGUAGGUUGUUGAUUAUAUAUUACUUUUGUAAAUAUUUAAUGAAAAAGUUAUUUAAUGAGAACCGAUCAAUAAACUCUUUCUACAUUUAAUUCACGAAGAGAAAGUACACAGACCUGUAUACAUAUAAAAUACAAAAUGCUGAAAAAAGAAAAAAUAAACUCUAUCUCAUCUUAUAAUGAUGAAGAUGAAAAUAUUGAAUCUAUUGUAUUUCGUGUUCCAGCAAUGUACAGCGAUAAAGUCAAAAUCCACGAUUGGCAAAUGAAAACCUUAUCGGAGCCUAGAGACAAUGUGGAUAUAUUUCCACCGAAGGGCAAUCUUCACAAAUCAUCAUAUCAGAGACUCGGGCCUGAGGACAAAAUCACUGGAAUUUCGGAGACAUGCGCCAUGUUAUCGCAAAUUAAAUUGAAAGACGAAUACAAGCCAAUUACUUAUCCACGACGCAGUUUACUUACGAUGCAAUCGCUUGCUUCGGCGGAAAAGGAUUACGAGGAGAAGGUAUUAAAAUUAAAAGACAUCCUUCUGGAUCCUAUUUAUCACAUGAACUAUCGCACUACCACGAGCAGCGAUUAUCGGUCACCUUAUCCUCCGAAACCGAAACCACCACCAUCACCACCAUUACCAGAGCCAUGGUUGCUAAAUCGACGCACCAUUGGCUAUAAUGCUCAGGAUUUGGAAAAUCGUUGUGGAUAUCACACAUUUUUAGAUGAUGAUAUGGAUCUUUAUCAAAGAAUAGCAAAGUUGAAAAUGCAAAGGGAAAAGCUAUAUGAAAUUCUACUAACAAAUAAACACCAACAAAAUUCUAUAAAUGAUUAAAAAAUUAUAUACAUGUUUCAAUAUUUAAAUAUACAAUAAAUAUAUAUAUAUAUAU